UGUUGGUCAAUGUGUUUGGGAUUUAAACAUUGGUUUUUAGAUCCUCCUCCACUUUCUGACAUCACAUUCUGCAGAAUCUCUCUUUCGUUCAGACGAUCUCUGUUUAACACUGAAGCAUCGAGACAUUCCCUGUGUUUUCGGAUGAAGUUUGAUAUUUUUCAACCUUUCUGAAUCUUUUGUUUGUUCGACUUUUCUUCUGUAGUGGGACAGAGGAUUUGGAUUAUGUCGGUUCUUUGUUGUUUUUACGCCCAAAGUGGCGCAUCUUCGACGCGGAUUUCAUCAUGGCUAAUGCAGCCUCUCGUGCUGUGCGUCUUUGUCAUGACCGUUGCGCGCGGGCAGGUCCGUUAUUCUAUUCCAGAGGAGAUGACAAAGGGCUCGCUGGUGGGAAAUAUUGUUCAGGAUCUCGGUUUGGAUGUUAAGAGGCUGAAAUCUGGUCGAGCGCGGAUCUUUACGGAGGACAGUCGUGAGUACAUCGGUCUGAAUGUGGAUAAAGGGACUCUGCUAGUGAAAGAGAGGAUAGAUAGAGAGGAGCUGUGCGCCCAAGUGUCUCCCUGCUCCUUACAUUUUCAAAUCAUUCUAGAAAACCCCAUGGAGCUGCAUAGAAUUGAUGUAGAAAUAUUAGAUAUAAAUGAUCAUGCUCCAGUAUUCAUAAACAAAGAGAUACAUAUUCAAAUUAGUGAAUUAGCGAUACCUGGAGCCAGAUACUCAAUCGAUAGCGCUAAAGAUCCAGAUGUAGGUUUAAAUUCACUUCAGACGUAUAAAUUAAAUCCGAACGACCAUUUUGUGCUCAAAACCUUGUCUCACACUGACGGUACUAAAUAUGUCGAAAUGGUCUUACAGACUCCAUUAGACAGAGAAAAACAGGAGGAGUAUAAUCUGAUUUUAACCGCGUUUGACGGUGGAUCCCCCCAGAAAACUGGAACCUUGAAAAUUAACAUUAUUGUCUUGGAUGCAAAUGACAACGCGCCUGUUUUUAGUCAGUCUGUAUAUACAGCACUUGUAGCUGAAAAUGCGUCAAUGGGAUCAUUAGUCUUAAAGGUUAGUGCAACUGACGCAGAUCAAGGAACAAAUAAACAAGUUUCCUAUUCAUUUUCCCAAAGUAGCAAAGGCAUCUCAAAUAUUUUUAAUGUCGAUCCUUCUUACGGUGAUAUAUUAAUCACUGGCCUUCUAGACUUUGAAAAAACCAAGAAAUAUGAAUUAAAUGUGGUGGCGACAGACAUUGGUGGUUUAACAGAUACUGCUAAAGUUAUGGUGGAAAUUACAGAUGUUAAUGACAAUGCCCCUGUAAUUAAUGUAAUAUCUUUCUCAAACCCUUUGCCAGAAAAUUCAGCUCCUGAGACUGUGAUAGCGAUGCUGAAUGUCAAAGAUUUAGAUUCGGGGGAAAAUGGACAGGUGAGAUGUUUAAUUAAUCCUAGUUUACCGUUCCAAAUAAGACAAUCAUCCUCAAAUUUCUACAGUUUAAUCACUGAUCAAAUUUUAGACCGUGAAAAAAUGUCUGAAUAUAACUGUCAGUCAAAUGCUACAGAUGGAGACGCGAGCGGAUGUUUUACAAAUCUGGAGCGAAUCUUCCAGUUAUUCCGUAUUAUCCGCCUCUUUACGCAGACGUAG